GUGCUCCGAGUGGUCCCUGGAAUUUUACCGUACUAGUAUAGUAUAUGGUAUCUAGUUAUUACGGUGCCAAAGCACAUAUCAAGGCUGAUUUUCCUGGUUCUAGGUAUCACCUGGGAAUUAAGAUCAAGAUCUCCUUUCUUUCGUUCUUUCCUUUCAAGAGCUCUUAUACGCUCUAUUCGAUCAUUCAGGUUUCCUUUCUUUUUUAGACUUUCUGUUUUCAUGUUCUGCUUCUUAUACCUUCACAUUCAUUUCCCCAUGUCAAAACCCUCCAACAGUGCAUAGGUACAUGUGUUAAAACCCAUUUCCAAAGUCAAAAUGGGCUUGUUGAUACACCUCAGUAUCCUCAGUCAAGUGGCUGUAUUAGCCGCUGCAGCUUCUUCCAGUCCCAGCGUUCGCGUGGCAGAUCCUUAUAUUGCCUCGCAAUGGAACGCCUGUCCUUCAACCUGCGAGAGCGCCAAUCCCAAUGACUGGGACUUGUACUCCAACCUGCGCGUCCUGAAAUCAUGCAAUGAGCCAAUGCUCCUCAAUCUGGUGGUGAGCAAUCCGACUGGGACAACGGAUUCUAGUCUUCGUCAGCCGCUGUAUGCCUGUUCCACGGCCAACGUGGACAAUCUUGCUACCUCGAAAACCGCCAGUGCGUCAAGCGCAAGUGCCAGGCGGUACUCGACCAAGAAUGUCCAGAUGGAAACUGCGUGGCGGGGAGAUGACACAAGCCAGUACUCGUCUCACGCAGAGGUCGCAGCUCAACUUGUCCAGUCGCAUUUGAAUGCCCCUGCCAGUCAGAAUGCUACCAUUGCUAUGGGCUACUCGAACGGUGUCGUCGUCGGAGCGUUCAUUGGCUCCAACAUGGAGAAGGCCAAUGGCGAGAACAAAAGUCUUCUGAAUUCUUUCCUGACGAAGCUUCGUCAGGGAGAACUGAACAAGUCGGGCGUCAUGAUGCAGGUCUGUGACAGUGACCGUACGGCAGCGUACACGCUUGGUGUUGUCGCCGAAGCAAACGCAGACUAUGCUCAAGCUCUGGGCGCUGUGCGAGAGGCUCUUGCGACUUGGAAUACUGGAAAAUGCGUUUCUGGAUACAGCGGGACUUCAACCUCCAAAAUCUCAGUUAGCGAAGCCGAGGAGGACGACGAGGACGACAUUACCCCUCCGAGAAAUGGAACCAGCGCACAUGUCCAUGUUCAUAGACGCUCGCACGGCAAGAGACUCCUCUCCGAAAAGCACCGCCGAGCAACCUGUACCGCGAUUCGAGUCAAUGACGGCGACAGCUGCAGCACGCUCGCAACCCGCUGCGGAAUCUCCCCUGCCGACUUCACAAAGUACAACCCGAGCAGCACGCUGUGCUCGUCCUUGCUUGCUGGACAGCAUGUUUGCUGCUCUGCCGGAACGCUCCCGGAUUAUUCUCCGCAGCCGAAUGCCGAUGGGACUUGUGCAAGUUAUACUGUCCAGAACAACGAUUGGUGUAGUAAGAUUGCUGCUGCUAAUAGUAUUACGGUUGAUGAUAUCGAGGACUGGAAUGAGAAGUCGUGGGGGUGGACGGGGUGUGAUAAUAUUCAGGCUGGUGCCAACAUCUGUGUCAGCAAGGGAGAGCCGCCAAUGCCUUCUGUUCUGCAGAACGCUGUCUGCGGUCCUCAGAAGGCUGGGACGAAGAGACCAGACAAUUGGGAUGACAUCGAGAGUCUGAAUCCUUGCCCUCUCAAUGCCUGCUGCGAUAUCUGGGGACAAUGCGGUACUACUGCGGAUUUCUGCACAAGAACAAACUCUACCACUGGCGCCCCUGGAACGGCGAAAGCUGGCACAAAUGGAUGUAUCUCGAACUGCGGCACUGACAUCGUUUACGACGAUAGCGGCUUCGGUGAUCAUCCCGUGCUGGUUGGAUACUAUGAGGCCUUCCAGAACACUCGACCAUGUUUGAAUAUGGAUGUGACAGCCAUCAAUAACACAGUCCAAUGGGGUGGCCAACUUGGAAGCCAUGCAUCGACGUUCUCUCAGGCAUGGGACCAUAUCCAUUUCGCGUUCGCCAACAUCACUGAAUCAUUCGAAGUCGAUGUCUCCAGUGUUCAGGAUGAGUUUGAUGAGUUCAAAAAGUUCACAUCCCCGGGCAAAAAGCCAAAAGUUCUGUCCUUUGGUGGGUGGUCAUUUUCCACGGCCUUGGACUCCUACGCCAUCUUUCGAAAGGGUGUCACGGAUGAACAGCGUUCGUUGUUCGCGUCCAACGUCGCAAAGUUCGCGGAUGAUAAUGACCUCGACGGGCUGGACUUUGACUGGGAGUACCCAGGCGCCCCUGAUAUUCCUGGGAUUCCCGCGGGAGAUCCAGGUGACGGUGCUCGAUACCUUCAAUUCCUGAAGGAGGUUCGGGAUAAACUCUCCUCUGACAAGACGCUCUCGAUCGCAGCGCCCGCCUCCUACUGGUACCUCAAGGGCUUCCCAAUCGCGAAUAUCUCGUCCGUCGUCGACUACAUCGUGUACAUGACCUAUGAUCUGCACGGUCAGUGGGACUGGAACAAUCCCUCGUCUGAUGAUGGUUGCGACGGCAGUGCCUGUCUCCGGUCUCACGUCAACUACACCGAAAUCGUGAAUUCCUUGUCAAUGAUCACCAAGGCUGGAGUGCCUAACAGCAAGAUCGUCGCGGGUCUAGCGAGCUACGGCCGGUCCUUUGGCAUGGUCGACCCAUCCUGCUACGGGCCCGAGUGCAAGUUCACUGGCCCGGAUUCGGGAGCUAUGCCUGGACGAUGCACUCAGACACCGGGUUACAUUGCAAAUGCAGAGAUCAAUGAGUGGUUGCAAGGUGAUCAGAACAUCACGACGUACUUCGACGAGGUUAGCCGGUCGACAAUCUCUUACUCUGCCAACGGAACAUGGGUGGCUUACACAGACGACGAUGAGAGAAAUAACCGCAUCACAGAAUGGUGGUACGACAGAACCGUCCUUGGAACCAGUCUCUGGGCAAUCGACCUGACUGAAUUCGUCGCCGAACUGCCAGAUGGCACCGUGCUGCCUCCAUCAACCCUAAUCGACUGCGACCAAGUCUUCACCAGCCUAGACGACGUCGAGGCCGCUGCCGGUUCCAUCCAGCCUGAGUGUAUGAACCUGUACCUGAUCCAGGCCUUGCAGAGCAAUCUCACCGCGUCGGUCUCGCAGUACCACGAUGUCUUGAAAACAGACUACGAUGAGAAAUUCGGCUGGUACCAGGAUGCUGUCAGAGAGCAGUUCCCUCUGUCUCUUCAGGCAUUCCUGAAGGCCAACGCCUCCAAUUACUUCGAGUGCACAUCCCAGAGCAUGGAGCCGUGGAGCGAAGAGCCAAUAGGCAAGAACACGAGCUCUUCAUGCCCAUCCAAUCCGAAGGACACGGGUUACGCAACCUUCUACUGGACCGCGACGGACAAAGACGGAUUCUUGAACGACCUUGAAGAGACGACUGGGAUCACACCGGACCAGCUCCUAUGGGAGAUCGAUGCAUCCCAUUGCGUGGACAGUCCGGACGUCUCACAACCGACGAUAUGCAGCGGCAGCAGAAACAUCGGCAUGCCGAACCUCCCGCCUGAUUUCACAGUCAGCAACCCCAAGGAUAUCAUCUCAGCUCGACUCCCAAACAUCACGACCUUCGAGAACCAAUCCACGACCAUCGUCUCACUCGCAAACAGCGAUCUCUACCUCGGCGACACAAUCGACGUCGUGGACGGUGCAUCGCUCCUAGUCCUCAUGGUUUCGAACUCCAUCGCAAGCAUGAAAAGCGUCGAAAAAAUCGGCACAGAAUACCACAAGGAGCAAGUCGAGCAGGCUAUUCUCCUCUUCGUCUCGGCCUUGCUGCUCCUGAUCCCUGGACUCGGAGAGAUUGCCGACUCCGUCGAAUUGACCUCUAUCGCUAUCACGCUUAGAGCCAUCGGUGCAGCCGGUGACGCAGGCUUUGGCAUUUAUGGCGUCGUGAGUGCCAAAGAUGCCGGUGUUGGUGAGAUCUUCCUUGCUCUUCUGGGUGGCCUGGGUAUUUUGGAUAUGCUUAGAGCACCGGGGCUUUUUGCCAAAGCGGCCAAGGCCAGGAGGGCUAUGGACGCUGGGGAUAUUGCAAAGUUGGGAAAUGAGGUUAAGGGGGGAAUUGCUCAGAUUGACAAGUUAAAGCAGCUUUGUCAUUAGCCUGUAUAUAGUGUCUAAGUAUAUGGUGCAUAGUUUUAUCUGCUGCACGAGAAAAAAGCUCUGUUCAAAUAGCAAGUUAGCCCUAGAUAUAGAACCUGUGCUAUUCACUUCACUUGAUAGGUAUCCUAUAGGAUGUGAGCCAGAUAAGAAAUUAGGACAUAAAGUUAGCCCUUAGAUUAGCCAGUAGAAUAUUGAAUAUAGACAUG